AUGCUGGCAGAGCCUACCGUAAAUAAAAAAGCAACAGCAGCAGCUGCAGCAGCAACAACAGCUCCAGUAACGUCAGCACCAGCAACAGCUGCAGCAACAACAGCUCAGCAGCAACAGCCUCAGCAGCAACAGCCUCAGCAGCAGCAGCCUCAGCAGCAACAGCCUCAGCAGCAGCAGCCUCAGCAGGAGCAGCUUCAACAGUAA